AUGAUGGAUGGCCGGAGGCACUCGGUUGAUAUUCCGAUCUCAAAGACUCUUGUGGCAUUGAGGAGAGUGAGGUCUCUGAGAGACCCUUCAACUCUUUCCAUGAGCAAAUUCUCUGCUUUGGUUGACAAUGUGAAUUGGGAGACCAAUUCCAGUAAUGGGAUUUCUCUGCAAUUCUUGGAUUCUUGCCAAGAAGGAGGUUCGGGGAAAAAUCGUGGUUCGAGACUGAAGAAUGUGGGGCUAUAUGGUGGAAGAGAGAACCACUUUGAUGAUUUCGAAUUGAAUUGCGAUUUUGGGAAACCUAAAUUGAAAUUCUAUGAGAAUUCAGGGAGAGUUGGAAACAAGAAAGAUCAUUUGUAUGAGGAGGAGAUUCCUCGAAACAAAUCGUUGAGUGAAAGAUAUUGCGGCAAUCAAAUUGAUAAGACUUGCAUUAUACCUUCCAUUAAUCCUUUGGAGGAUGUGGAUUCGUGUAAUGAGGCGAGCUUAGGAUCGUUUCGAGGAGAGAGAACGGAUCGCAUAGCAUUGAAAAAAAAAUUUCAAAGGAAAAGGAGAGUGAAAUCUUCUGUGGCGGUUGGUGAUGGCACAAGUUGUGUUGGAAGUCCAUGUCCCUCGCCUAGAGAUGCUCUUUCGAGCAGGAGCAUGUCGUUUUUUGCAAAUGAUGAGGUUGGUGUUGUUGACAAUGACGAUGGUGGAUGCGGGAUAAGCUGCUGCUGGUCGGGAACACCAAGAUUCAGAGAAGCAAACCAAUCUUCUGACGAGGAAAACAAUCCGUUGUUAUGCAGGAAUGAAGAUGAGAAUGCUAUGUACCAAAACCGAUGCUUGAAGUACUAUUGCAAUGAAAUUACUCAAGUAUCCGAAACCCCUAGGAGUUUGAGUCAAAAAUUCAGGCCAAGAUCUUUUAGUGAAUUGGUGGGACAAAAUGUGGUAGCAAGGUCUCUUUUGGGUGCUAUCUGUAAAGGAAGAGUAACUUCGUUGUAUCUUUUUCAUGGCCCUCGUGGUACCGGCAAGACCUCUGCAUCAAGGAUUUUUUCCGCGGCGUUGAAUUGCCUCUCACUGCAGGAUGACAGGCCGUGCGGUCUUUGUGCUGAAUGUGUCAUGUUCUUUUCCGGAAGGAACAUAGAUGUGAAAGAAGUGGAUUCUGUGAGAAUCAAUAGGCGUGAUAGAGUUAGAUCCUUAAUUAAGAAGGCAAUGACUCCUCCGGUUUCGUCGCAGUUUAAGGUUUUCAUUGUUGAUGAGUGCCACUUGCUCCAUGGGGAAACAUGGGCCACCAUUUUGCACAGCCUGGAUAGCCUUCCUCAACACGUUAUCUUCGUGAUGAUCACUCCUGAUCUCGAUAAGCUGCCAAGAAGCGCUGUAUCACGGUCCCAGAGGUACCAUUUUCCGAAGAUAAAGGACGCCGAUAUUGCAAGCAGAUUGGCAAAAAUCUGUCUUGAAGAGCGACUUGAUUUCGAUCAAGGUGCCUUAGACUUCAUUGCUGCAAAAUCUAACGGUUCAAUGAGGGAUGCCGAGAUGAUGCUCGAUCAGCUGAGUCUGCUCGCUAAAAAGAUCACAAUGUCCCUGGCAUAUGAACUUAUUGGUAUUGUUUCUGAUGAUGAAUUGCUUGAUUUGCUGGAUUUGGCAAUGUCAUCAGACACUUCGAAAACCGUAAUAAGGGCAAGGGAGCUGAUGAGAUCAAGGAUUGAUCCUAUGCAACUCACGUCACAGCUCGCAAAUCUCAUUAUGGACAUUCUUGCGGGAUGUCAGGAAGGUUGCUCGGAAGUCAGAAGAAGGUUUUCAAGCAGGCAUACGUCUGAAAUGGACUUGCAGAAACUGAGUCAUGCACUAAAAAUACUGUCCGAAACCGAAAAGCAAUUGAGGAUGUCAAAAAACCAAACAACAUGGCUUACUGUAGCUCUUCUACAGCUUAGCUCUAUGGAAUGUUCUUCUGCAGAAGCGAAUGAGUCGAAUUUGUGGCUUGAUAAUGCUCACGACAGAGGGGAGGACUUGAAGCAUCUUGUCAAUUACUCAUGUGAGGACAAAAAGUCACACAAAUUGCCAGAAGAUUGUAGAAGAACCUUGGAAUCCAUAUGGAAGAGGGCCACAGAAUUAUGCCAAUCGAAUUCACUGAAGAGUUUUCUUAUGGAACAAGGGAAACUAUCUUCUCUAACUGUCAGCCAAGGUGUAGCGGUAGCUGAAUUGGAGUUCUGCCACCCUGAUUGUGUAUCGAAGGCGGAGAAGUCGCAGAAACUGAUUACCAACUUGCUUCAGUCUGUUUUAAGUUGUAAUGUAGAGGUCAGGAUCAACCUUGUAUCUUGUGGUUCUAAUUCAAGGUAUGCCAAAGUGAAGAAGGCAUCUUUCAGGUUAUUCGGUUGUUCCCGCAGAACUCACAAGUCACAAUCGUCUACUAAUCGUGAAACUGAUUCAGACUAUUCUGAUUACACUUCCGAACGGCCUAUGAUAACUGACAGAUCUGUUAGACCUUUCCCCCAUGAUUGUGGAAGUUUGCAAAUGCCUAAUAGCUUUUGUGACAAAUUGGAUGUAGUAAAGCCCUUGGGAAAUGUUGACGAAAAUGUAGUAUGCGCAAGGACAGCCGCGGCACACUUAUCAUUUGAAGAUAAUACACCAACAUCUGUGUUAGUAUCUGCUUUUUCAAACGAACAAGGAGGCAGCAAUGGCGGCCAGAUUUUAUCUUUUCAGGAGCCGAAGAAUCAACCGAACUGCUUUUCAAGAACUUUUAGAUUUUGUAAGAAGUCACGUUCACUGGAUGCCUCUCAGAUUGCUUGUUGUGCUGAAUCCCAGCUAGACAAUAAUCUUGCACUGUCUAUAACGAGGAGGGCAUCUUUCGGAACGGGUGUAACUACCAUCAAUUCAAAUGCUUUUUAUAACAGUUCUAGCAACUACACUAACAGCUCUGGAGAUGAGAAUGGAUUGAGGGAGAGCUCAGAAGCUCUUUGUUGGGCAAACCCGAAACUACGCCUAAAAAAGGCUUGGCGAUCGAGGCAUCAGCGAGAAAACUCGCACUUGGUUGGGUGGGUGCUGCCUUGCGCCUCUGCCAAGUAAAAUGGGGUUCUCAUUUUCUAAUGUUAACGGAAUUGAAGCUUUAUAGAAUAGAAAUUCCCUUUUACAUGCAAGUAUAUAUUUCAAGGACAUGAGAGAAUCAA